CCGGGUGCGAGAGGCGGCGGCGCGGGGCGGACAGAGUCGAGCGGGCAUUGGAGUCAGCCGGGAGGCAGUGGGUGUUUGAGACACCGAACGGAGAGGCCGGGUCCACGAACGCCGCUGACAAGCGAUGGGGAAGAAACAGAAAAACAAGAGCGAAGACAGUACCAAGGAUGAUAUUGAUUUUGGCGCCUUGGCUGCAGAAAUAGAAGGAGCUGGUGCUGCCAAGGAACAGGAGCCUCAGAAAUCAAAGGGGAAGACGAAAAAGGAGAAAAAGAAGCAAGACUUUGAUGAGAAUGAUAUACUGAGAGAACUGGAAGAAUUGUCUCUGGAAGCCCAAGGCAUCAGAGCUGACAGAGAAGCUGCUCCAGUCAAGCCUACAGAAAACAAUGAAGAAGAAUCUGCCUCAAAACAAGAUAAAAAGAAGAAAGGACAGAAGGGCAAAAAACCAAGUUUUGAUGAUAAUGAUAGUGAAGAAUUGGAAGAUAAAGACUCAAAAUAAAAAAAGACUGCAAAAUCUAAAGUGGAAAUAUUCUCCGGGAGUGAUGAUGAUGAUUCUAAUAAACUUUCUAAAAAAGCUAAAAAAGCUCAGAAAUCAAAUAAAAAAUGGGAUGAAUCAGAAGAGGAUGAAGAUAAUAGUAAAAGAAGUAAAGAGCGUUCUAGAGUAAACUCUUCAGGUGAAAGUGGUGGUGAAUCAGAUGAAUUUUUGCAGUCCAGAAAAGGACAAAAAAAUCAGAAAAACAAGCCACUUCCUAAUGUUGAGAGUGGGAAUGACGAUGAUGACUCCUUCAAAAUUAAGACAGUGGCCCAAAAGAAGGCAGAAAAAAAGAGAGAUGAAGAAAAAAUGAAAUUGCGGAAGUUGAAAGAAAAAGAAGAGCUAGAAAAAGGAAAAAAGGACCAGAGUAAACAGAAAGAACCUCAGAAGAAAUCUGAAGAGGAAGGUUUGAAACUCAAAGAGACUCUUGAUACAGGAGCUGCCUCUGAGGAGAAGAAGAAAAAGAAAACAGAAAAAGAUACAAAAGAGAAAGAGAAAGCUAUCCAAGAAGCUCUGUCUAGGUUUAAAGAGGAGGAGGAGAGACAGAAGAGAGAAGAGGAAGAGCAGAUUAAGCGGCUUGAAGAGCUAGAAGCCAAACGAAAAGAAGAGGAACGAUUAGAACAAGAAAAAAGAGAAAGGAAAAAGCAAAAGGAAAAAGAAAGAAAAGAACGCUUAAAAAAAGAAGGGAAACUGUUAACUAAGUCGCAGAGAGAAGCCAGAGCCAGAGCUGAAGUGACCCUUAAACACCUCCAGGCUCAGGGUGUUGAAGUGCCAUCGAAAGACUCGUUGCCAAAGAAAAGGCCCAUUUAUGAAGAUAAAAAGAAAAAGAAAAUACCACAACAGCCAGAAAAUAAAGAAGUAUCUGAAACCUUGGAAGUAAGUGCUGCUGUGGAAGUUGUGGAGCAAGGAAUGCUAGAAAAAGAAGAGACACCCCCUUCUGUUGAACCAAAGGAAGAAGAAGAAACUGAGGAUGCUGGGUUAGAUGACUGGGAAGCUAUGGCCAGUGAUGAAGAGAGAGAACAAGAAGGAAAUACGAUUCACAUAGAAGUACAAGGAAAACAUGAAGAGGAGGAGGAGGAAGACAAAGAGGAAGAGAGUGAAGAUGAGGAAGAGGAAGGAGAAAGUGAAGGCAGUGAAGGUGAUGAGGAAGAUGAGAAGAUGUCAGAUGAGAAAGACUCAGGGAAGGCAUUAGAUAAAAAGCCAAGCAAAGACGUUAGCUCAGACUCUGAGUAUGACUCUGACGACGACGACGACCGAACUAAAGAAGAGUGGGCUUACGACAAAGCAAAGCGGAGAAUUGAGAAACGACGACUUGAACAUAGUAAAAAUGUAAAUACAGAAAAGUUAAGAGCCCCUAUCAUCUGUAUGCUUGGACAUGUAGACACAUGGAAAACAAAAAUUCUAGACAAGCUCCGUCACACGCAUGUCCAAGAUGGUGAAGCAGGUGGUAUUACACAGCAGAUUGGUGCCACAAAUGUUCCUCUUGAAGCUAUUAAUGAACAAACUAAGAUGAUUAAAAAUUUUGACAGAGAGAGUGUCCGCAUCCCAGGAAUGCUGAUUAUUGAUACUCCUGGACAUGAGUCUUUCAGUAACCUGAGAAACAGAGGAAGCUCUCUUUGUGACAUUGCCAUUUUAGUUGUUGACAUUAUGCAUGGUUUAGAGCUGCAGACAAUUGAAUCUAUCAACCUUCUCAAAUCUAAAAAAUGUCCCUUCAUUGUUGCACUUAAUAAGAUUGACAGGUUGUAUGACUGGAAGAAGAGCCCUGAUUCGGAUGUGGCUGUUACUUUAAAAAAGCAGCAGAAGAAUACGAAGGAUGAAUUUGAGGAGCGUGCAAAGGCCAUUAUUGUAGAGUUUGCACAGCAGGGUUUGAAUGCUGCUUUGUUUUAUGAGAAUAAAGAUCCCCGUACUUUUGUGUCCUUGGUACCUACCUCUGUACAUACUGGUGAUGGCAUGGGAAGUCUCAUCUACCUUCUUGUGGAAUUAACUCAAACCAUGUUGAGCAAGAGGCUUGCACACUGUGAAGAGCUGAGAGCACAAGUCAUGGAGGUUAAAGCUCUCCCAGGAAUGGGCACCACAAUAGAUGUUAUAUUGAUCAAUGGACGUUUGAAGGAAGGGGAUACAAUCAUUGUCCCUGGAGUAGAAGGGCCCAUUGUCACUCAGAUUUGAGGCCUCCUUUUACUUCCUCCUAUGAAGGAAUUACGUGUGAAGAACCAGUAUGGAAAGCAUAAAGAAGUGGAAGCAGCUCAAGGAGUGAAGAUUCUUGGGAAAGACCUUGAGAAAACACUUGCUGGUCUACCUCUCCUAGUGGCUUACAAGGAUGAUGAAGUCCCAGUUCUCAAAGAUGAAUUGAUCCAUGAGUUAAAGCAGACACUAAAUGCUAUCAAAUUAGAAGAAAAAGGAGUUUAUGUCCAGGUGUCUACACUAGGCUCUUUAGAAGCUCUUCUUGAAUUUCUGAAAACAUCAGAGGUGCCAUAUGCAGGAAUUAACAUUGGCCCAGUCCAUAAGAAAGACGUUAUGAAGCCUUCAGUGAUGUUGGAACAUGAUCCGCAGUAUGCAGUGAUUCUGGCCUUUGAUGUAAGAAUCGAACGGGAUGCGCAAGAGAUGGCUGAUAGUUUGGGAGUUAGAAUCUUUAGUGCAGAAAUUAUUUAUCAUUUAUUUGAUGCCUUUACAAAAUACAGACAAGACUACAAGAAACAGAAACAGGAAGAAUUUAAGCACAUAGCAGUAUUUCCCUGCAAGACGAAAAUCCUCCCUCAGUACAUUUUCAAUUCUCGAGAUCCAAUAGUAACAGGGGUCACUGUGGAGGCUGGUCAAGUCAAACGCAAAAAUUUUGUUGACAUUGGGAUAGUAACAAGUAUUGAAAUAAACCACAGGCAGGUGGAUGUUGCAAAAAAAGGACAAGAAGUCUGUGUCAAAAUAGAAAGUAAAAAAUAA